AAUUCUGCCUUGUAGCUGUAGUUUACAAUUGCGCGAGCUAUGUAAUCUCACGCUUCUUAAACCUCUGUCACAACAUGUCUUGGUAGCACAGUAGUGUAAUAGACUGCUCGACGGUUCGUCCAUGUAGGGCGCAAGGAAAUUGUUAUAUUCCCAUCUAUAGCGACAUCAUCUUGAUCGAUAUAUCCAUAUUUCUAGCGCAGGGAACGAAAAGAGAGUAAGGCGAUGGCUUCCGCUCCGCAGACCACCCACGACAGCCGGCACAGCACCACAUGGGGUAUCAAUGGGUUCGUCAUCGUCCUAACUAUACUCUCUGUUGUGCUCCGCUUUUACACUCGCAUCUUCACCCGCGCCGGAUUGAAAGCCGACGACUGGUUAAUUCUAUUCGCUCUUAUCACUUCUCUGACCACCGUGGUGCUAGUUAUCUGGGGUAACUCUGUUGACCCGAACGGACUCCGUGCAUCAGACAACACGAACCCGGAUUAUGUCUACUCGUCCCGAGAUCAUCUAUACAUUAGACUAUCAUAUGCCUCUACCAUCCUCUACCUCACUGUUGCUAGUGCCACCAAGCUGGGAAUCCUAGUCAUGUACCACCGCAUCUUCGCCAUCAGCCAGGUCUUUCGGUACCAGCUAUUCGCCGUGAGCGCCUUAGUUAUCGGCUGGUGGUUCGGGUGUACCGUUGCCGCGUUGCGGAAGUGCAAGGAUCUCGAGAUCGGUCUGAACAGUACACUGAACGAUCCGAGGUACUGUAUCAACUUCAACGUCUACUGGAUGGCGGCCGGGGUAUGCGAGAUUCUUCUCGACGCCUGGAUCCUGACCUUGCCCUUAAGCGUGGUGUUGAGGAUGCACUACUCGCCGAGACAGAAAUUCGUCGUCUCGGGAAUCUUCUUAUUAGGAGCUUUCUCCAUAGGUUCCGGUAUCGCCAAAACUGUCCUUGCUUACCAGCCGGGAAGGCGAGCGCUGUCUUAUGCCAAUACUGAAAUAUGGGCGGCCUUGCAUACCAGCAUAGCCAUAUUGUGCGCCAGCCUGCCCAUCUUCAGACCCCUUGCCGCCCGAAUAGCGCAGUCGUACCCCGUUGUCAAGAUCACCAGCCUCUUAACUCGGCGACGAAAGUCCGGGAGUGGCAGCUCUCAUCUUGAUAAAACACCAAGCGAGGAUGGGGAUAGGAGUGGAAGCGGACACGGAAGUGGCAACAAAAACGGCAUUGCCAGGUUCAACCAAUAUUCAGAGAUAUCAUUCAUAGAUAUGGACAUGGUCCAAGACCACCUAAAGCAGCCGAGCCCGACCUACUCCCGCCUGUCGCCCGUAGAUUCUGCGAUAGAUCGGGUACAUUCCAAGGACGUAUAUGAAGAGAUACAGGUACUAGCUCCUCAGCUACCCCAUAUCGAAAGAACGGAUUCUCUAGAGCUGUCGUCGGACAUCAGACUUUUCACGACUCUGCCCCCGCAUAAAGAGAGUAGAGAGACGGAUCACUAGUCGGAGACAGGCCUGUUGAAUCAGUCACGCGGACUAUGAAGGGAUGUUAGGUAGGAGGAACGCAACUAUGUACAUUACGAUAUGAAACGAGAUACCCCUGGAUUUGAAUAUUGGCUAUACUUACAGCGCAAAACAGUACUUGCGUGAAGAUUAUACCUCCGUCUCUUAUGCUGGUAUUG